GAGGGCCCGGCCCCUGCGGGGGGCUCCGGGGGGAUCUCGGGGUGCUGGUUCCCCUCAGCGCCCGGCGGUGACGGCUUCCCAGCGGCGUGAGGACUUUCCUCGGGCCCCGUGGGGAUCGCGCCCGGCAGGACCGCCCGCUCCGGAUGGUCACGGCGGGCUGAGGGGGCACCGCCAGCCGCCGCCCGCCCCCUCCAGCCGCCCGGCCGCCUGGAGGUCGGCCGCCCUCGGCAGGAGGAAAAAUGUCUUUCUUCAACUUUCGGAAGAUCUUCAAGCUGGGUGGUGAGAAGAAGAAGAAACAGUACGAGCACGUCAAGAGGGACUUGAACCCUGAGGAGUUCUGGGAAAUUAUAGGAGAGCUGGGAGAUGGUGCUUUCGGUAAAGUGUUCAAGGCUCAGAACAAAGAAACGAAAGUACUGGCUGCUGCAAAGGUGAUUGAUACUAAAUCAGAAGAAGAACUUGAAGAUUACAUGGUUGAGAUUGAUAUUUUAGCAUCCUGUGAUCAUCCUAAUAUUGUUAAGCUCCUGGAUGCUUUCUACUAUGAAAACAAUCUGUGGAUCCUGAUCGAAUUUUGUGCAGGUGGAGCAGUAGAUGCAGUAAUGUUGGAGCUUGAAAGGCCAUUAACGGAGCCACAGAUCAAAGUGGUAUGCAGGCAGACACUGGAAGCAUUGAACUACUUGCAUGAAAAUAAGAUCAUCCACAGGGACCUAAAAGCUGGCAAUAUUCUUUUCACAUUAGAUGGAGACAUUAAACUCGCGGAUUUUGGAGUAUCAGCUAAAAACACAAGAACAAUACAAAGAAGAGAUUCUUUUAUUGGUACACCAUAUUGGAUGGCUCCAGAAGUGGUAAUGUGCGAGACCUCUAAAGACAGACCUUACGAUUACAAGGCUGAUAUUUGGUCUCUUGGCAUUACUUUAAUAGAAAUGGCUCAAAUAGAGCCACCUCAUCAUGAAUUAAAUCCAAUGCGAGUGCUUCUGAAAAUAGCAAAAUCUGAUCCGCCUACAUUAGCACAGCCUUCAAAAUGGUCAUCUGAUUUUAAAGAUUUUCUGAAGAAAUGUUUGGAAAAGAAUGUAGAUGCAAGGUGGAGUGCAUAUCAACUUCUACAGCAUCCAUUUGUUACUGUUACUUCGAAUAAACCAAUACGAGAAUUGAUUGCAGAAGCUAAGGCUGAAGUUACAGAAGAAGUUGAAGAUGGUAAAGAUGAGGAUGAAGAAGAAGAAACAGAAAAUUCUCUGCAGUUACCUGCAGAGAAGCGUGCAUCCUCUGAUCUUAGUAUUGCAAGCUCUGAAGAGGAUAAGCUUUCUCAGAAUGCCUCUGUUCUGGAAUCUCUUUCUGAGAAAACAGAAAUUAAUGCAAUUGAGGACAAACCCAGCGCUAUAUUUCCAGACGACAAAACAACUGGAGAUGAAUCUGAGGACAUUAAAAUUAGAAAGAUGGCUGAUAACGUAUGCAGUACUACUGUCGGUGAUAUGAAAGUGCAGAAUGGUUCAGUGCCAACUGGUGAAGAUGAGCAAGGCAAAAUAGUGCCAGCUGGAAAGACUACAGAAAGCCUGGAAAAACCACAUGAAGGUAUGGAACCCCAGAAAGGAGGGAAAGAGCUUGAUGUGGAAACAAAAUCAGAAAUAAAGGAUGAACCCAACCUAAAAAUCGAGAAAGAAAAUUACAUGGAAAAUGACCAAACAGAAGAUAAUGAACUGAAAAUUGUACCUGCAACUGAAGUGAGUGUAGAAACCGAAGAAGACAUUUCUAAGGAAACUGGUGAAAAAGAAGAGAACAGAACAGAUCUCUCAGAAAGCAAGGAAGAAAAGGUCCCUGCAGAAAAUAUUGCAAAGCAAAAGGACGAUAAAGAUGAAGCUCAGAAAGAAGCGAUAAUAGACACCACUACAGAAACUUUACCUAAUGUUGCAGAUAAAGUGGCUGAUGAAGAAAAGGAACUGCUAAAGCAUGGAACUGACAACGUUAAGGAGAUGGAUGCUAUUGCUGAAACACAGAUCAGUGGUGGGGAUAAAAUACCUGAGACAGAGGAUAAGCCAGUGGAAAGUCAGGCUAAGCAGGUCCAUAAGAUAAUCAGCUCUGAAGAAACUCCAUCAGAAAGCCAAGAUAAAGCGAUGAAAGUAGACAAGAAACUGGCAGAAAGUGAAAAUGAGGAUAUUAGUAAUAUAAGAAGCAUAGAAGAAAAGGAGAUCAAAGACUCUGGAAAAGAUGACGUAGACCACAAGGCAAUACAGAGCAAGCCUGAGGAUAUUUCUAAUAAAGUGGUGGAUAAACUGACUGAUACGGACCAAAAUUCAGAAGAGCGCAAACCUGAGAAUAUUCAGGACAACAAUAUUCAGCUAGACAAAGAACAUUCAGAAGUUACUUCCGAAGAAGUAAUGAAGAAUAAGCUUCAAGACGUUGUCAGUGACCAAGCUGAUGAUUCUGAAGUCACUCCAGUCCCCAGUAUUAGUAUUAGCACCGAAGAAAAUGAAGAGAAAGUCAAAACAGAUAAUCAAGACAACACUGAAACUUUACAGCAGCUAGAAUUGGAAAAUAUAAAGGAAAAUGAUGCAGAUUCAGGCACCGGUUCUACAGCUGAUAACAGCAGCAUUGAUUUGAACUUGUCAAUUUCUAGUUUCCUUAGUAAAAACAAAGAGACAGGUUCAAUAUCUUUACAAGAAACUAGAAGACAGAAGAAAACUUUAAAGAAAACUCGGAAGUUUGUUGUUGAUGGAGUAGAAGUGAGUGUAACCACAUCAAAAAUAGUUACUGAAAAUGAUUCAAAAAGUGAAGAAAUGCGAUUUCUACGACGUCAAGAGCUAAGAGAGUUAAGGCUUCUUCAGAAAGAGGAGCAGAGAGCCCAACAGCAACUCAGUAAUAAGCUUUUGCAACAGCGAGAACAGAUGUACAGACGUUUUGAACAGGAAAUGACAAGUAAGAAGCGGCAGUACGAUCAAGAAAUAGAAAAUUUAGAAAAACAGCAGAAACAGACAAUAGAGCGCUUGGAACAGGAACACACAAAUCGUUUACGAGAUGAAGCAAAACGCAUCAAAGCAGAACAGGAGAAAGAAUUGUCCAAAUUCCAGAACAUGCUGAAGAACAAAAAAAAGGAGGUUUUAUGUGAAGUGGAGAAAGCACCAAAAGAGCUGAGAAAAGAGCUCAUGAAACGCAAGAAAGAGGAGCUUGCACAAAGCCAGCAUGCUCAGGAGCAGGAAUUUGUGCAGAAGCAGCAACAAGAACUGGAUGCAUCUCUGAAGAAAAUUAUUCAGCAGCAGAAGACAGAACUAGCCACUAUUGAACGAGAUUGCCUCAACAACAAACAGCAGCUCAUGAGAGCUCGUGAAGCUGCAAUCUGGGAGCUGGAAGAGAGACAUCUACAAGAGAAACACCAGCUCCUUAAACAGCAACUCAAAGAUCAGUACUUCAUGCAGAGGCACCAGCUGCUUAAGAGGCAUGAAAAAGAAACAGAACAAAUGCAGAGAUAUAAUCAACGCCUUAUCGAGGAGUUAAAGAACAAGCAAACGCAGGAAAGAGCGAGACUGCCUAAAAUCCAGCGAAGUGAAGCAAAGACUCGAAUGGCUAUGUUUAAGAAAAGUUUAAGAAUCAAUUCGUUAGCCUCUCCUGAUCAAGAUCGUGAAAAAAUUAAGCAGUUUGCUGUUCAAGAAGAAAAGAGACAGAAGAACGAGAGACUGGCUCAGCAUCAGAAACACGAAAACCAAAUGCGGGACCUUCAGUUGCAGUGUGAAGCAAACAUCAGAGAACUGCAUCAGUUACAGAAUGAAAAAUGCCAUCUACUGGUUGAGCAUGAGACUCAGAAGCUAAAAGAGCUAGAUGAAGAGCACAGCCAAGAACUGAAGGAAUGGAGGGAGAAAUUGAGACCAAGGAAAAAGAUGCUGGAAGAAGAAUUUGCCAGAAAACUGCAGGAACAGGAGGUUUUCUUUAAAAUGACUGGAGAAUCUGAAUGCCUUAACCCUUCAACACAAAGCCGGAUUUCCAAAUUCUAUCCAAUCCCCAGCCUUCACUCCACUGGGUCGUAACUCUGGGAACUGUUGUAGGCUUUUUUUCUUAUUUGGAAUUCUCCAUCCUCAUUGUCUAACCUGACUUAAUCUGCCGUGUACAUCAAAGGACCUAGCGCUUUUUGUUUUCAGUGGAGACAAUCAGUGUCAUGAUCGGUUUCUUUACUUCUCUGAAUGGAAGAAAAGAACUGUUGGUGUAUAAUGGUAAUGUUAUGUCCUUCGGCUGUUUCAAGAAUAAGUGGGGGUUUUAUCUCUGUCUCAAAAAGGACGUUAUCUAUGGUUUUGACUUUAAGCCUAAAAUAUUAAUUAUACUCCUUCUGAUCACAAAAAAAUGGUUUCUCAUGUGAACAUUUAAACAGUAUCAUAUUAGUUCUGCUACUGUGGUUUUAGGUGUCUGAUUUCUCCACAGAAGAAUUCCACAACUGAAGCUGCAGUGAGAGGUUUAAAAUUUUGUAAUGCUGAGCAGUGUCUUCAGAGCAAGGACUGAAACUAAUCACUCAGAACAUGCCAAUAAUCAGAAAAACCAAGCCCUUAUGUUUAAACAAGAUUGGUAAAAGCAAAAGCCUUCGCAACUUCUUUAAAAAGAAGCCUCUGGCAUAAAUUAAACCGAGCUGAUCUCCAUGACACAUUUUGUCCAUUAGUUCCAUAAUGAAAUGGGGUGCUAGUUUAAUUAAUACAGUGCCUGAAACACAUAGAUAUGCUAAUCCUGACAACAGGCUUGUGUUUUGUCAUUUAAAAAAACAAAACUCCUUAGCAUUGUUGUUACUGUACAAAACAAGAUUUCUUGCUGCUACUGCCAUUUUUGUUGUAAAUCCUCACCCUAAAAUAUUUUGCACUAAAAUAUGUAAAGGUGAAAGAAAUGCUAACUUUAAAAUGCACAGUUUAUUAUUUUCCUUAGCUAUUACAGGUGGUUAGUUCUACAAAUUGAAAAACUGUAGAAUGUAUUUUUUAGCAAGCGGUGUGCAAAAUGCACGUGGUUUCUCUAACUGUACCUGGAAUGGGUAGAGCCAUUUUUCUGUUCUUACCAAAGCCUGUUCAUUUAAACUCCAUCAGGAAAGUGGAGGUGGAUGGUCAUAUUUAUAAAUAACCAUGGCUAAAGUCUGUUUUGAUUAGAAGUGUUAGAUUUGAUUUUUUUAUUUUAGUCAUUUUAUUUUAUAGAAAGAUUUAAGUUAAAUAUAUAGACAAACUACUUUAUGAAGCUGGGUUCUUUGCUUUUGUGUUGCCACGUACUAACAUAGGCAGUUUUUAUUUUUCAAGUUCAUAGAAGUACAGUAAGUUAUUUACCUGACUGAUCUGCAGUGGAAAAAAUCUGAAAUGUUUCUUACGUAGCUGGUAGGGAAAUACAGCUGUAUUAGGUCACUUUUACUACACUCUUUUUGGUGGUUAAGAGUUUGAGUCAUAUCAAGGCAGUAUUAUAAACUGUACUUUGGUAUGUCGGAGUUCAAUUUGUAAAAUAGUAUUAGUAUUUGCUUUCUGUCAUUUGAGGCCUGACUUUCUAGUCUCUUUGGGUAUCAACCGUAAACGUUUUGUUCUGCUAGCUUGCAUUAAAUGUGCAACUGUUGACCAUUACAUGACGUUCAUUUCAUGGGAACAGUAUUGCUGCAUGUGAAUGGACUCUCAAAUUAACACAGGACUUUAAUCAGGUAUGGUUGAAAUCUUGGAUGCUGAAAUCCUUGAAUGCUGAACAGAUACCUUCUCAAUGAAGACACUUAAUUUACAGCACAGUAAAAAAAAUAAUUGGAAAAAUGCAUGUUUUAAUUUAAACUUUGUAACGUUUUGAUAGCAUAAUUACUUUAAUAGCUAGCCUUAAUUUCUGGCAUUUUAUUCUAUAAACGUGUAUUGUGUACUGUUGUAAAUUCACAUACCAUAUCUGUAGAAUGUUAUUGCUGAAGGCAAAGUUCUUUAAAUCGUUUGUUCAGGAGGGUGAAAAAUGGCUUUGAAGGCCGUUCACUUUUUAAGCUCCUCCAUCAUAAAUUGACUGUUACUAAAAUAAAUACAAAGAUGAAGAUUAUUUAAUGUUAACAGAAUUUGGUUGCAAUUUCGUAUGAAGUAGGCUCAGUGCUUUACCCGGGGAGUAGGCAGGACAGGCAGGUGUCCCCUUCUCCAUUAUCUCUGCCUUCAUCCUCAGAGGGAAACAUUAAUCUUCACCUUACGUUUUUGGCAGUUGCAGUGAUAACUUGCUAAUAUACAUUGGCGUACCGUUUACCUCUGAGUCUUUUCAAUCUUUUAUUUGAGGAUCCUUUCCACACCAGCCCCUGCCACCUGAUCUCAUUGUAAAUCGUACAAAUAAGUAAGGGAGUUCUGUGAUGGAGGGAUCAAAUGUAGUGACUGAAGCCUUAGCGGGUGCUCGGUCAGGUCUCCGGGUGUGGAGCACUGUUACGCAGUUGCAGCUUGUGAACUGUGCUGAGACUUGAUAGCGAGUGUGAAAAUGUGUUUUUCUGGGGAUGACAGGAGCCAGCACGGGUACUCACACAUUUAGACUGAUAAAAUUGGUUUUAACUACUGCAGAACACGAAAGGUGUACAAUAUUCUAUCAAUAUCGGAAAAUUCAAUUAAAAUGGUAUUAGUCUCACCUAGGCCUGGAAGGAUCUCCUGAGAUACAAAAUCCAAUCUCUUUGCUAUCGCAUGUCACCUCCCUUUAACAAAUGUUAGAAGCUCUGUCUCCAGGGUAGUUAGGUGUAUUUUCCUUAACCAAAAUAAUGUACUUUCUCACUCAGUGUUUGGCAGACCUAAUUUUCCCCACGUGCCCUUCAAAAGAUCCUGACGGCAAAUCAGUAUUUGCUCACCUUUGCGUUCUACUACAUCAUAAAUACUGUCCACAGGAAAAUGAACAAAGGCAAUAAAAUGCAUGAAUCGCAGUGCAAUAUAUUGGUUGUCCUCCUGUAUUUACAACUGAUUUUCACAAAAAACCCUGCCUGCAGGCCCACGGCCUCUGACAGAUUCAGACCUCACGCCUUGUUCUUCCUGAGCUCUGAAAGCAAAUUUCGGCACGUGCUAAGUCAGCUUUCUCGGGAUAGGGCUUUGUAAGUACAGGAGCCAGGGGCUCUGCUAGCGCCCCAACAGUCGGGAGAGCUCGGCUGUUUGCAGGAUCUUGUAGUCCUCUGCUGAUGCAACAACCUCAGGUGGCCUUGCUGCCCCCGGUCUUAGGAGAUUCUGCAUCUUGAAUAAAUUGUGCAUCUCACCUGCGCGGGGCUGUGGGGACGGGCUACCAGCCGUGGAAGAAACGGGCUGUGCCUCAGCGCUUGGCCCCCUGGAGUCCCAGCGGAGAGUCCCAGGGGAGCUUUGCUGUUUACUUUGGUGAAGCAGAAAUACUGAUUCCCAUAAACCAGAUUUGUUUCUUUUCCCAAGCACUGUGCUGUCUCUGCUGGAUACAAGAAGCAUGUACAGCAUGCUUGAGGUUGCUGUGAUUGAUUAGAUAGAUCCUGAUUUGUUAACACCUUCUGAAAGAAAACCUUUAAUUGAAUUGACACCUGAAUUCAAAUUCAGAGGUGGUAGUACCGCGCUGUCCUGACCCGUGUCAUUCACGCAAAAUGAUCUUUUCACAUCACUUCUAAAAUGCUGACGCUCAUUCUGAGCUGCGUCCCUUUUAAACUGAAAUUGCAUCCAUGGGUGUUCAAUAUCUAAUCAAUUUCAUGGUUAAAAAAAUUAUUCUUCUGUCCCAGAGGACUGACUUAAUUAUAACUCCAUGCUGCUGAAUUUUUUUUUCUUAAUGAAUAGGAAACUUAGUACCUUAACUAAGACAGCAGAGCAGAGCAGUAAUGCCAUUGCUUUCAUCACACUGUGAUGUCUUUUAUGACAGCAAUAUCACAUAGGAAGUUUAAGGUGUUUCUCUACCUGGAACAGUAUCUGUCUUGCAAGUAUUUCAAGGAUGCCUUGGUGUAGGAAAGAUUUGAAUAAGGUCUUUUGAAUUCAGGCACUUAAGUCACUUUUAGGUAGCCUGAGUGUCAGAGCUGCUGUGUAGCUGCAUCUCCUAGGACCUGAGAAAUGCUCAUCUUUUGCUGAAAACCAGGGAACAGACUUAAAUGUGCAAUUAAAUUCAGUGCUAGUUGUUGCCGCUGAACUACUGCUUUUUGGUUAAUCUGCCAUGGGGAAGUGGGGCGAGUUUUUGAGGACGGUGACUAUAUGGGUAUCGAGGAAAGGGCAGGGAGGAUGGUCGCUAUGUAGGUAACUGGUUUUUAUGUUAGCGUUUACAAUCUGGUUAUUUUACUUCAAAAUCUGUACUUCGGGAUCUCAGAAGCUUCUUUGUGUUGAUGUGUCCACACACGUUUCCCAUCCCCAGACUUCUGCCAUCUUCACAGCAAAUGCAAAGCCAGGUCAGAGAGAAUUAACCUUCCUCAUUCCCAGGCAGAGCCGAGGCCAGUGUGUCCUGUCAUUUCUCAGUCUUACAAAAGAUGAGAACAAAUAAAGGGAAGGAGAAGACAAAGGAACUUGUACAGUGUUUCUCUAUAUUGCUUGCAGAGCUUUUAGUUGUUCUCCAUCCCCUUUCUCUCACCUCAGCCCUCACACUUUUUCAUUUCUGUAGCUGCUUCUGCACGUCUGGGCAUUAGGGCAGUCUGUGCCAGGGAAAGAGGACAACCUCCUAAAUAAGACCAUGCUCCAGACCAGCUUGUGAGUAAGGGCCCAUGUGCUUCCACUGUGCUGAAAGCAGAAGGGAGAGGCUGAGCCCAGUGACGCUCCAAUCUCCCAAGAUCUCUUCCCCAAUCACCAAGCUAGACGGUAAAGCCUCUUUCUUACUGCUUAUCGAUCCUAAAAUAACAGAACGAACAGAAACUGGGAAGGCACGUUGGGUGAAAUAUCUGCGAUGUCGAGCUGCCAUACCCCUGUUCUGCGAGAAAGCCAAGCAGGGUGGUCUUCUGUGAUGAAGCACACGCGUCCGAGGCACCCCCAGCCUUGUGUUGUCCCAGCAGUUUCUUGAAUGUUGUGUGUUAACCGCAAACCAGGUUAUUUUUGCCUUACAGAAAGCGACCAAAACUCAUGAGACGGAUGAACAAUUGGCAAAGGGUCUCUAUGUACAGCUCACGGAAGUGAACUUGCAGUAGCAGCCAUACGACAGGAGGGGUGGGGGGGUGUUUUGUCUUAUUUUUAGAAGUAAUUUGAUUUCAUGGCUUUCUGUAGAAUAUUGUAAUAAUUCUGCUGUAAAUACAAUAAAAUCACAGUUUGCUGA